GGGCCCAGCCUCUUGCCUGACUAAAAAUUGCCGGCGGCCUCAACUUUGAGCGCGGCAGGCAUUCGAGAGAGAGGCUCUCCCACCGCUUUAGUAGCGAAUCCCGUAUUUCGCCGGAUUUUUUUUUUUUUUUACCCCGCUCCUUUGGCGGCUUCCUCUCCCCACCGCUUUCAGGCCUUCGUGGCGGGGGUCUACGAGCUGACGGGACCUUGCACGUUAAUGCGUCGCAAAAAAGCCGGCUGGGGUCCUUCCACUCGAGGCGUCGCUGCCGGUGGGCCGUUGGGAGCGCGCGUGCCGGUGCCCCCCCACCAUGUAUUACAAGUUCAACGGCUUCACGCAGAGGCUGGUCGGGGCAGCCGCGUCCGCCGCCUACAACCCCCAGGGACUCAAACCAAUAGUUUCCACUGAAUCCCCAGCUCUGAUUUUUGGGACAACAACUAAACUUGCUUCAGAUAUACCAGCAACUGAUUCUUUCUUGGGUAAAAACAAGGUGCCAGACCUACAGAAACUUUUUCAGAAAGCAGAUGGACUGCCAGUACACCUGAAACGAGGAGUUCCAGAUAAGCUGCUUUAUCGGACCACUAUGGCUCUAACAAUAGGCGGGACUAUCUACUGUCUAGUAGCACUGUACAUGGCGUCACAACCAAGAAACCAAAAGUAAAUGAACCACAACUCAUGGGACUCGUGACACUUCUCUGAAGGACCUCCUGCAUGUAUCUCUUUGCACUUGCUUUAAUUCUGUGAUCGUAUAGGGUUCAUUACUCAGAUAAAAUUUCUUGGAGAAAAGGUUUUUAAUUUGGUUGCCUUAUGUGUUCUAGAAAUCAAUAUAAACAGACUUAAAGACAUCAUCUUAACAUAUGGUUGUAGCUUUGCAUUUGUUGUCUUGCAGGAGUGUAUGAACAGUUGGAGAAAGUUAAGCUUUUCCUUCCUUCCUCCCUCCCUCCCUCCCCCCCCCCAACUUAAGCAAUGUUAGAGGUAGGACAGGACAAAUACUUUGUGGGCUAUGCUCCACAUUCCUUAGUGGGAGGAUGCUGCUGGUUUCCAAAACAGUAAAAGCAAAUCAUUUAAUAAUUAUAACAUACUGGGAACCUGUUUCUGUCAUACACAGCUCAUUUUACAUAAGCAGGUGGCAGUGGAACUUUUCCAAAUGCUGGUAUAUUAUUAAAUAUUUGUACCUCUGGUGGUAGGACAAAGGGCUUAUAUCCUUGGAGCACUUAAAGUGGAUUUAUUCCAUAAUGUUAGCAUCAUUGCAUGCAGCAGAGUGCACCAGUAUUGUAGCAUCAAUUAUACCAGGUUUUGGACUUUCAUUUGUCAAGCUAUCUUAUUGUGUAAUAAAGAUAACUACAUGAAUAAUAAAACAGGCAAGUCUUGAAAGUUUCA